UGCUCGUGUGGACUUGUACCUCAAAAAAUUGCCACAAGUUUGGCUUGAAAUUUUCACCUCAAAAUGACAGAAUUUAUGUUUAAUCCGCAUGGAGCGACUGACAAAAGACAGGUUAAGACUGGAAAGGGAAAAUGAAGGGUAGAGCCGAGAAUCUUCCAUGACUCAGGUGGUCUGUCACAGGCACUGCAUACAAACCAUGAACAUAAUGAUUUGUUGAGGGGUCCCUUGUCUCACUCCCUUGUAGCAGCAAUGGAGGAGUCUGGCCAACUGGUGCCCGUGUUGGUGGAACCAACAAGCACAGUGGACCUGACGGAAAUACAUGUAUCUGCAAGGAGUCACCAAGCCACGCCCAGCCCGAGGGAGGAUGUAGGUCCUUCUGACACAAUGCUAGAAGCAGGUGCAAAUCUGUGUGCUCCAGGGGUUGCAGAAUCCAGGUGCUUAAAAGUGACAUUCAACCCAGAAGAAGAAAGCAAGCCAAGCUUUGAAAAGAAAGCUGCAAGCAGAAAGACAAAUGGCUUGGCUUCUCAGCAACACUCCUCAAAUGCCCCGCCCAGCAAAGAUGACGUCCUGUCUGUCGUUAUCGAGAAACUGACAGAAUUGGUAAACGACAGUGAAAAAAUACAAGGAAGGAGGCCCCCGUCUGCCGUUUGUGAUGGUUCAAGACAAGCAGCUGCAUCGGAGGGGGCCGAACCACUCUACAAGUGCCCCAAGUGUCCUUGCCUUUUUGCCCUCAGUGCCAAGCAGUUGAAAAGCAAAGAGGCAGUUCUUUGCGAGUGUUGUGAGAAAGCUGAAAAGACAAUGGAGUACAUGGCCCCGCUUGGUGAGAAGCAAAUGGCCAAAGGCCAACAAGCAGGGUAUCCCACUAGGGUCCAACACUCCAGAGUCAAUUGUGAACUCUGCAGUCACAUUGCCGACGGCUAUGUAGACUUGCUGUACCACCUGUUGUCCAAGCAUGCCGAUGCCAAAAUCUGCAAGUGCAAACUGUGUGACUUCUUCACCACGGUGGAGGCACGCAUACAGGAGCACGCCGCCAUCCACCACGCGCCUCAGGUGUACAGAUGCAGCAUCUGUCCCUUCCUGACAGACAAAGUCAUCAACCUCCAAGAACACAUGAAGAACCACAACAAGGACCGAGAGCUUCUCCUGAAGUGUUCCGAAUGUGGUUUCUCGUGCCAGUGUGAGGACAUUCUCCGAGCCCACAUGUGGGAGCACAUUCCCUCCACCUCCAAGGCAGGUACCAAAGUGAGGAAACCACACCCAAGGGAAAUUGUCCAAACCUCAAACCUGGGAAUUAAUGCAAACGAGAGAGGGUCACCACCAGUGCCUAAUCCAGCAUUGCCCACACAGAGCACUGAAAGAGCGCAUCCAUACAUUUUCAAGUGUUUACUCUGCGGUUACCUCUGUGACAGGUUAGCUACGCUCAAGGCACACGCCUGGCGCCAUGCUGGAGAGAAAGGAUGCUCCUACCCAGUGGUGGAUGAUGAUGAAUGUCUGAAGAGAAGUUUGUCCACCACACCAUCCCAGGCAUGCCUUACUGGUAAAGCAUUCCCGCUGGCAGUGCUCAGCAACAUAGAAGUGGCUGAGACGCCAAAAGAAAGCUUACCCUUUGAAGGAAUCAAAUCCAAAGAUGGCUCUUGCAAGAAGGAAGUCAUAACAGGACAUGAGUCAGAGAUGUCUCACGAAUGCUGCUCUGGGUCAAAAUACAUACCAGAGGAAGUGACAAGCUGUCGCUGUAAAGGUAUCAACAUCCCUCCUUCUUCUGUUCCUCAUAUCAAGGAACUUCUCAUCCAGAAGAAACUGGAAAAACAGAGCAAAAAACCAACUGAAGAAAAUGAGGUAGACAAGGCAGUUUUGGCAGCAGAACAAAAUAGCUACCCAGCGUCCAGAGAGGAAGACAAAAUGGAAAACCCUAUAGCACCUCAUCAGAAUAACACAUUGGUCAAAAUGCAUGAAAGGUAUGAAGAUGUUCAUGUGCCAUUUCCUUGUGGAAACUAUGCAGUGACUGACCAGGCCGAACCAGAGAAAAAAUCUACAAGUAAGCAACUUAAACCUCAGGUGCUGGUCGUCGAUCCAGGUGACACACAGAUGUUAAUCAUUGACCCGAAUCAGCCAGUGCCUGAGCCGGCUGCUGUGGUAGAGGCCUGCACAGAGCACAGUUCAGCACUGCCUGAGGAACAUUUGAUAACCACUGACAGUGUGUUCAUCCCACCUUACAGCAGUGCAAGGAAAUCAAUAGUAUCAUUGAACAGACCUCAGUCCAUUUCUGAUAUCUCUGCCAGUGUGCCAAGCUCCAAAGCUGUGUUUACAUCCGUGCCACUUUCUGGGGAGGCAACUGUAGUUAGUCCACAAUAUGCCAUGAAUAACACAGAGUGUCUACCCAGUGAUGAAAGGAUUCCACAACAGGCCUUUGAGGAAAUCAAUACAGAUCCACUGGUUGAAAUCCAGAGGUGCCACAUUGAAAUAAAAACUUCCAACAGAAACCAGGACGAAACAUCAGGACCAAUGAAGUUUGUGCCCUCCUUUGGUGAACAACUGACACCAUCUGAGGUGAGACAGAGCACCCAUCUAUCGUAUCAGGGUCAAGACUUCACAAGGAGCACUUCAGAAUCUCAGGAAACUCCAACAGACAGUCUGAUGACAGGUCUGGGUGGGUCAGAUCCCCUUGACAUGCGUGUCAUUGAAAAAUCAGAAGUUAUCACUCCAAAAGUGUGUUCUACUCGUUCAAGCAAAGACUUUCCAGCUAGAUCACUUGUGUGUGAGUCUCAGCAGAUGCCUUGCAAAAAAUCUAUUCAUGGAAUCACGGAAGAGAUUAUUAUGCAGUCAAAGCAAAAUGAAGGAUCUGUUGUCAAUUGCUCAAAUUCAGACACUGAAGAAGGCAGCCUUCAAAUUACAAAACAGUGUGACAGGAUCCUAAAAAAGCAAACAAAUUACAACACAGGACUGGAACCUACAAUUACUGGACAGAAACGGGGUGCAGAUAGGACAGACAUUGAGUUGUUUACCAGAGCAAAGCGCACCUGUCCUUGUGAUGAAAAUUCAAAUACCGAGAGAUUGAUCUGCCAUCCCAUAAUUAAGCAUCGUAUCAGUACAAGGUCAACAAAUGAAGAGCAGGCUAGACCCAUUGGGAAGCUUGAAACAGGACUUGAGAUAAAGGAGAAGCCCAUGGACAUGAACUCCGAUGAGGACAGCAUUGUGAGGUUCUUCAUGAAUGUCACCACUGGCUUUGACAAGCCCUUUCAGUGCAAGCUCUGCAGCAAGUCAUUUGAAACCUACAAGUUCCUGAAGCAGCAUCUGAAUGUGCACUUGGUUCACAACUCCUUCCGCUGUCCCCUAUGCAAGAAGUGCUUUGAGUCUUUGGAAAACCUCAAGCUUCACAUCCUGGAGCACUACACAGAGCUGCACAGAUGCUCAGAAUGCUCGGCCACCUUUCACACAAAAAGUGAUCUACAGGCUCACAGGCAGUCACACACAGUUCCUAGGGAGUUCAAUUGUGAGAAAUGUAGCACAAGAACCCCCACUCAAGCAGAAUACAUAAGUCACUGCGAAGCUGUCCACAGCGAUCUUGGGAAACCACCUGUGAUGUGUUCCCACUGUGGGGAAAGCUUCAGUAACACAAAUCUGCUACUGCAGCACACACUCAGCUGCCCAGUGCGCAAGAUGCGCUCCUGCAAGGAUUGUGGCUUUGCGUCAGAGACAGUGGAAGGACUCGAGGAACAUGUUAAAGGGUGCCACCAGAAGCCGAAGCUCUACACAUGCGACCUCUGCGACUACAAAACAAGCGCCAAGAAUGGUAUCAAGAACCACAUGAAGUUUCAUGCCAAGGACAGGCCUUACAAGUGCCAACAGUGCAGCUUCACCGGUGCCUACCCGCAGAGCCUGCGAUCCCACAUGAGGAUGCAUGCCCAGCCUGACUGGCGCCCUGACUGCUCACCGUCAGAGCUGCCCGAGCAGUACAGAUGCCACCUUUGCUGCUACACGUGCAACUUCCUUCCAUCACUGAAGUCGCACAUGUGGCGACAUGCCAGUGACCCAAACUACAGCUACAAAGGUGAUCAAAGCAUCAGCACAGAUGUAGCAACAACAUCGGCUAGUGAUACCUCCGUAGACCCACCAGUGGUGACCUCUCCACAUCAAAGUCCUCACUCCCCAGCAAGGAGCAGCCCAGUCCUGCAGGGGCCUCAGCAGAGGGCAGGUUUCACUAGCAGCCAACCGGUGACCUUCUGCUGUCGAGAGUGUGGCUUUCAGAGCGUAGACAGACUCAGGUUGGUGGAACACCUGAAGACACACCUGGAUCAGGAAGCAGAGAGAAAGCAGAGCCAGAAGGCAGCAAAACAGAAGCGAGAGGAGGACCAGUAAGGGCUCCAAGCACAGUCAAAGAGUAUCAGCUGUCCCAGUAAGCCAGCUGAUGCAACUCAUUGACUUUAUGCAGAAAGAAUAAAUGGUGCUGUGAGGUCCUUCACCAGAACUUUAGAGUGUGUGACUUGCCACAUACAGCACAUUGAUGCAUACAUACUUGGCACAAAAUACAACUCAUUUCUUCGGAAUGUGUACCAACCUGUUCUCACAGCACAAGGCAGUGAUUACAUUGAAGUUUCUGCCAUACCUUUCUCACUUUGUGACUUUAGGGGGUUAGUAAAGUACUUGUACAUGUACUUAGACUCCACAGGGUAACUUUAAUACCACAAAGGUGUUAGGUUUUACAAAGGAAAACAAUGUAGAGAGCUAAAUGUCAGUGUAUGCAUAAUCCAGUAUUUGAUGUAAUGUUGUUGAGAGUGAUUAGCUGUAGUUAAGAAAAGGAUAAGAUGUGUGUUGUUGCUUUCUAUUGAUCUGAGUGGAGAUGCUUACAUUCUGCAUAUGUACAAUAAGAUGCAUUUUACUUUGCUUAAUACUAUGCCUAUUUAAUUUUUCUUUUUAUUUAUUGUUUUCAGGGUUGAGUUGUGGUUUCCACAUUUUUAUCAUCAGUGGCCCACGUACAAACUGAGUGAAAUGCAGGCAUAAUCUGUUCACAUGUAUGGUACCAACAAAAAUGAAAAUUUAAUUUUCUUUUCGGGCAUUUUAUAAAUUUUGUGGAAGGUUUCAAGAGACCACAGCCAAAAAUUAUUUACCUGGACGUUGUUGUAAAAAUCCUUUGUAGUCAAAAUCCAGUUUAUCAAGGAAAUUCAUGAGGAAAUGUUGCAAUAUGGUUACUCUAUCACUCUUCACUGAUUUUGAGUUGAUGCAUAUUCAGUUUUUUGGUACAUGAGUGUGUCAAAUUUCGCUUUUGUUUGUUAGUUGCUUACUUCAUAUUGUGUAUUCAUACAAAUUACUUUUUGUUGCGUUCUUAGUUUUCUUUUCCGUUUUGAAGCCCAUUUGUUUUAUUUUGUUCCAGUUUGAAUUGUAAAUGUCAACUUUAAUAAUGUUGCUAGAAGAACUUACAGACGUUGUUUCGUAUUCAUCUUGUGUCAAAUGUAAUAUAAUGGUAAAAAUGAAAAGAUUUACUUGUGUAAUAUGCUUGGAGUCAUUAGGACUGACAGGUUUAACUAUGUGAUCUAUUGGGCACAUUGAUUUUUGUAAUGUACAUACAUGUACAGUACAGUUGCUCUCGCUGAACAGAUUUGUUUGAAGUAUUGCCCCAUUCUGACACCAAUCUACUCUCAAGACAAGAAUCAUAAAAUUGUUACUUGGGAACACUUGUGCCUUAAAUGCGCUGUAAAAGAGCUGAGAAUAUGCCUCUAUUGUCUGUGUUCACAGGCUUUAGUUUGAUUUGGUAAUUACUACUCCUUUGCAGAAAGGUAGCUGAGUGGAUAUUUAAGACAUUUUAAAAAAAUUAUACCCAUGUAAUCAGUAAAGAUGUAAGUUGCCGUACUACGGGCAAUCUUGUCAAAAUGUUUAAGAGUCUCAUUGCCUGCUGGAGUGCUCCAGCUUUGGCCAGAAUGAUUGGUCACUUUUGACUGCAGCCCAAGUUCAUGGCUCUGUUGACAAUGGAUUUCUUAUGAUCAGCUUUCAGUGCUUACAUUUCUCUGCUCUGAAGUUCUGUCAUCCGCUUUGAGCAGAACAAAAGAGGGUGUGGGUUUUUUGGUACUCACUGCAUAGGUGCACCUUGAGGCGCGCAAGUAUAUACAUGUACAUGUUUGACACAAAGCACGCUGAAUACGCGUAAUUAAUUUAUUCUAGCAUGUAUGGUCUUUGCGUACACGCAGAACGUGUGCAAGAACCGAUUGGGGUGCACUUCAGCUCGGGGUCGGAUAACCAGUGGUAUCUGGUUGGUAUUUCAAAGAGACAGGGGUCUUUCAAGAACAAAGCAUCUGAUGUCAUGCCAAAUUGAACAUGUUCAAGGUGUGUCUCACCAACAGGGCCAACCUUGCACAUGCAUAUUGAUUUUUGUUUGUGAAUGACCUGCAAUGCUCUUUAUUUUGGGCAUACCCUGUCUGAAUACCAAACUCGCUCAUUAAGCACAGGAUUUGUGCAUGCAUAUUACUCAGGAGUGUGCUUUGGCAGGGUUAGCGUUCGGUUGGGCAUUUGAAAAUUGAGAUAAUGAUAUUUUUGAAUUCAGCAAAAAAGAGCUUUCCAAUGGUACAUAACACUUAGGGUAAAAGUGGGAUGACAAUGUAACAAUAUUCCGGCAGAUUUGCAUCUUUGUUUCCGACAUUGUUUUAACAUUUCUGACUUGGCACAAUAAUAUCAUCAUCAAAAUUGGUCUCUACAUCUGAUCCUGAGAAAAAUUUGAAAUUAAAUGGAAGCUCAGGCUACUCUUUCCAAAUGUUACAAAACCCCAAAAUUGACCUCCCCUCAAAGUUUUAACUUUGAACCGUCAUAAUAAGAAAUAGCUGAGAGCGAUUUAAGGCUCAUUUUGUUGUCUCACCAGGUCACAUGCUAACUGUGAGAACAGAAUUUUCUAUGGAGAUCGUUUGUUAUACUACAGAGAGCCAUGAAAUUAGGCCCAGGACUAUUUAUUUAAAAAUGCUGCUGCUUUAACUAUAGAGUUGUUUUGAAAAGUGUGCUAUUUUUAUGGAAAACCAGUGUAUACUUCAGAAUUUUGGAUUAUAUUUAUUCUUUGAUUUAUUUAUUGAAUGUUGUUUAUCCUGUUUUAAAUUUAGAGUAUACAUGUACUUCACUUUUUUUUCUGAAAUCCAUCACCCAAUUACUUUUACCUUCUUAAUAUGACAGGUACAUAUUACUGCUGUCCAAUCAUGUUAUGCAGGCUGGUUGGUUUUCAUUCUCUACAACCAAAUAAGAGACCUGCCGGCUUACCAUCAUGGACGUUAAGGAUGCAUUGCAUUUAAAUUAUCAAUGCUAACGGAUGACAACAUUUGCAAGUGAUUCCCCAUUGGGUGUGUGAAAAAAAAGAACAUUGACAUGAGUAUAGUACACCCCUUGUUUUGUGAGAUUUUAUUUUGAUGCCACCCAUUUUUCUCAGUGGAAGGAAGCUUUCAAGAGUUACUGCACAGUGUUGGAUUUUGGUCAGUAUCUGGAACGUUCCUUUGCAAAUUUGUUGAGGAGAUGAUGAUGUAUUAGGGUUGAAGGGAUUUUUAGCUCUCUGACAAAGUGGGCCAAGGUCCUUUGUCUCAUCUGUAGAACACAUUGAUUGUAUUUUACUGUACCAAGUUUCCAAGUCAAGACUACUUAAGAUUUAGCUUUUUCCUAAUUCAUAUGUAUUGUGCUGAUGGACAUAGGAGUUUAUUCUUUGCUUAAUUAAAACAAACCAAAACUGUACAAUAAGAUGGUGCAUAUGUACAUGUAUUUGUAACAAUGUGUUAGAACUUUUACCACAUGGUCAACAUUUGAAAAAACGUCGUACAUGUACAUGCAUGGACAAAAUCUGAAAGAACUUCAUGCAUGCAAAUUAAAAUCAUUUAUUUUUACUCACAGGGCAUUAAAAUUUGUAUAGUUUUACUUAUAAAGUUUUAAUUGUAGUUGUAACAUUUUAUCCAUAGAUUCUGUCUAUUGGCCAACAGCUUGUCUCAUGAUAUUACCGGUUUAUGCAAGGUUUUUCAUCACAACCCCCAUGGGACCAUUCCAUUGUCCAAAAGCACCAUGCCAUAGCAACCUACUUAAAGCGAGAGGAAGUUGGUCAUACUCAAAGUGCAUCCCUGCACACAUUUGGUGUUGGUGUAUAGUUUUUCCUGUUACACAGUGAUUUAUAGAUUGAACCAGUGAAAAGCUGUUUGUAAAACAGGUGGAGUUUCAGUGAAGUGUAAUUUCAGUUUGAAAUAUUGCUCAUAUUUAUUUUAGUUAACUGAAUUUUGUACAAGUCUCUUAAUAAAACUGUACAGAAUCUGUGGGUUAGGUGUUACACAUCUCAUGUGUACAAUAUAGUUGGUAAACUAGUAGUCUUGGUACAAGAUACUGGUGUUUGUUAUAGACUGUAACUUGAUAUAUUGGCAGCCCAUUACAAACAGUAAUGCAUUGGACUAAGACCAAAAAAACAGUAACUCUAGCCUGCCUAAGUGAUUUUUAAAAUGUUGUAUGUCCCCCACAUCUUUGCCUUAUGCCACUUUCCACAAAUUACCUAAAAAAGUACCUGUCCUGUUCCUUUUUGUAGUACGUUGUAGUCAAUACUUGUCAACUUUGUUGCAGACUCAAUUUUCACAUAUCCCAUUGCUGAACUUCUCAGUUGGUCAGUGUGUGCCCUUUUAGAGAUAAGAUAUUGUGGGGGGGGGAGGAAGUGAAGGGUGGUGAAGUGAAGAUCAUUGAAAUGUGUACCCCAACUACUGAAUCACGCUUUGCAUUGUAUUCAUGUAUGUAAACAUAGAAUUAUAUGUAUAGAAAUGCUAGCUCAGGGUAAAGUUGUCUUAUUUCAAAUCAAAUAACUUUUACUGUUGAUUUGGUUAAUGGAUUUCCUGUUAUUUCAGCAUGGGCUAUUUUUGGAGGUGAAAGGAAAUCCUGUCUUGUCAUGUUCUGUAUAGUUCUCUGAAAAUGUGAAAUGUUCCUUUAGUUUUUGGGGGGCACUUUGUAAUGCAAGUAUUAGGUUUCUUGUGGUUAGGAAACAUUGGAGCUUUUUAGUAUAGAUACUGUAUUGCGCCAUCUGUUCAUCUUAUAAUUAUUUUAGUGGAAGUAGAAUUUGCCUGUUCAUUGACUUUAGUAUAUAGAAAAGUCUAGAAUGCAGAGUUUUCUUUUGUAUUUAGAAUUAGUGUUGAUAUUUUCUUUGUUAUAAAUUUGAAAUGAUGAAUAUUUUUAAUUUAUUGCCAGGUAUAAACUAGGUAUCCUUAUCUUGUUUUUAGGGAGGUUUUUCCCCUUUUGGGGGGCAUGACUACAUGUUUCAUGUUUAUUUGGAUGUAAGAAAACACAGCAAAUGAUGACAGAAAUCAUUCCAUUGUGACGAACACUGCUGCACACUGUAUGGUUAGAAUGCUGAUCAGGGGGCUGAAAUCAAGAGGAAUUGAUUAGGAAAGCUUGCUAAGUUGAUAGGAUUUGUCAAGUGCUCACAAGUCCAUCACAGAUCAUUUGGUCUCUAGCCACAACCUACUCAAAUGAGUUGUAACAGAGGCAUUAUCGCUUGUGUUGAGCGACUAAUUGAGCUAAUAACCAAUGUUGAAUUAAGUGGCUUGCUUCUGAAAAUGUUAGGGAAUUUCCCUACUUAAUACUAAUUCUUGGAAUUUUUCAUUCAUUUCCGCUGUUCCUUGGCAUCAUAAAUUAAAUGCCACAAGAAAAAGAUCUUUGCAGUUCAUGAUAAUUUUCAGGACCAACGUUGUAUAACUGAGAGGUCUUCACUUCCAAUUUUUAGUUGCAUACAUUGUGUUUUCUGGUCUUAAGCUCUUAAUUUUUACCACAAGGAAUUCUUUAGACGACAAAAUACAUUAUGUUUAUGUUAAAACAUUCUUACCCUGAAAUGUUAGAAAUGUUGCAAAUGUAUGUGGUAAAGUUAUGUUGCCGAAGAAGACAGAAUAGAUUCCCAAUUAAAAUAAAAUUGCAUGCAA